CUCUUUGUAUCGUGUGCCGCCAGAGUGUUUCUCUUUACGGCCUGCGACGCCUUUGGAAAAGGCCGCGUCUUCCGUUUCGUAUACGUGGUUUUCGACGCCUGUCACAUAUUGCUGGAUAACAGAGUGUGUGUGGGUUUUAUUUACUGGUCGAUGGUGAUGGGAACAGGGGUUUCGUUGCGUGUUCACCGCCGAGUGACUCUGGUGUGAGCGAUCACCCUCUUCGAACGCCCCUGGAUUGCUUGGGGUGAAUCUCUGGAAAAAAAGUGAAGCGGAGAAGAAGAAAUAAGGCGCUAUGGAUAACGCGACAUCCAAUGGAAAGACUUCCACUGUCAAGCAACUAGUGCUCUCGCUUCCCGGAGGACUGCCGGCCAUGCCCGCUCGACGCCGGCGGGGGGUCGCCGGCAAUCGGGCGAGCGGAGCCGGUGGAGCAGGAGGCGGAGGGAAGGCCAAUGGCGGUGUGGCGUCCAGCCUGUGCUCCUGCUUCUCGUCGGGACCCGAAGAGCCACCCGAGAUCACCUACCACGUUGUCGAGAACGGCGUGGUCACCCUGCCGCCCCCACCGCUGCUCACCCCGACUCACCCGAUGCCGGACGAGGCCGAGCUCAACGCCAAGUUCGCCGAGCUGGUGGACGAACUCGACCUCACAGCCGCCAAGAAAGAGGUCAUGUUCAACUUGCCUUCGGAAAAGAAGUGGCAACUUUAUCUCAGCAAGAAAACGGAACAGCACGACACAACAUCAUCUCAUUUUCCGGACUACUACAUCGAACGAGUGAAUGCCAUGUCUAUGCUCCUGUUUCCCCGAGAAGAGGAGGAAGUCAACACACGUGCCAAACUUCUCGACAACCUCAAAACUGCACUGCGGACUCAACCGAACAGCUUCGUGACGCGUUUCUUGGACCAGGAUGGGCUUAUUUGCCUUCUAAACUUCCUGGUCGGUAUGGACUACAACACGGCUCAAAGUCCGAUCCACACCUCACUCAUUGGUUGCGUCAAGGCGCUCAUGAACAAUUCGAAUGGCCGGGCCCACGUUCUGGCCCACCCAACGGCCAUCAACACCAUAGCGCAGAGCCUGAGCACGGAAAACAUCAAGACCAAAAUCGCUGUCCUCGAGAUCCUGGGCGCCAUGUGUCUCGUGCCAGGAGGCCACAGAAAAGUGCUCGAGGCUAUGCUGCACUUUCAGAAGCAUGCCUACGAGCGUACGCGAUUCCAGACCGUGCUCAACGAUCUGGAUCGAAGCACCGGCGUGUACAAGGAUGAAGUGAACUUGAAGACUGCCAUCAUGUCUUUCGUGAACGCCAUCCUGAACUACGGUCCGGGUCAGGAACACCUGGAGUUCCGGCUGCACCUGCGCUACGAGUUCCUCAUGCUCGGCAUACAGCCCAUCAUCGAAAAACUCCGCAGUCACGAAAACGCCACCCUGGACAGGCAUCUCGACAUAUUCGACAUGGUCCGCAUCGAAGACGAAAAGGAGCUGGCACGAAAGUUUGACAUGGCACACAUAGACACUAAAAGCUGUACAGCGAUGGUUGAAGCCAUCAAAAAGAAGCUCUCCUUGACGCCGGCCUAUCCACACUUUCUCUCACUCCUUCAUCAUGCACUUCUCAUACCCUAUAUUGGAGGUUCCGCGGAACAUUGGAUCCUGUUCGAUCGAAUCGUCCAGCAGAUCGUCGUUCAAGGCGAAAACGGAGAGAACUACGACAUCACCCCGAUUGAGAUCAACGUCAAGAAAAUACUCAAGGAGCUGGCCACCGAGGAGGAAUUGAGAAUCGCGAAGGAGAAUGCCGAGAAGUUCGAGAAGGAGAACAUCGAACUGGCCACGCAAAUUGUGAAGAAGGAGCAAGAACUUGAACAGAGUACGCAAGAAAAGGAGGACCUCCAGAGUGCGUUGGCGAAAACGAAGGACAAAUUGGAACGAGAGACGGUGAGCCACUUGGAGGACAAGCAGAAGAUUGAAGAACUCGAGUACAGGAUAAGAGAAAUGACACAGAAGCUGGACUCCGAGCGGCGGGAGAGGAGCUACGCCGAGAGCUCGAUCAGGAAUGGCCUGCCAGAUGACUCUCGCCUAUCCAUUCACCGCGGUAGCCUGCCGCUGCACUCUAGCGGCUCGAUGAGCGCGCCCCCGCCACCGCCCCCACCGAUGCCGUCGACGGGGGCACCGCCGGCUCCACCGCCUCUUCCAGGCAUGGGCAUGGCACCUCCCCCACCGCCUUGUCCUCCGCCCUCGACAAGGACGCCGAGGAUCAAGAACAUUCCUCAGCCAACGAACCCGCUCAAAUCUUUCAACUGGUGCAAGUUGCCUGAAGCCAGGGUUGACGGCACCGUGUGGACUGAACUGGACGACACGAAGCUGUACAAGGACAUUGACCUGGCUGACAUCGACAGGACUUUCUCAGCAUACCAGAAGCAACAGGGGUGCGGGACCAACGGUUCGCUGGAAGACAUCCCCGCGCUGACGUGCCGAAGCCCUCGGGUCCGGGAGCUCUCGCUCAUCGAUGGCCGCCGGGCCCAGAACUGCACCAUCCUGCUCUCCAAGCUGAGACUCACCAACGACGAGAUCUGCCGAGCCAUCCUCUCCAUGGACUCCAAGGACCAGUUGCCCAAGGACAUGGUGGAACAGCUACUCAAGUUCCUUCCAAGCCCUGAAGAGAAAGUUUUGUUGGAGGAACACAGCAGUGAGAUGGAAAGCAUGGCGAAGGCGGACAGAUUUCUCUAUGAAAUCAGCAGAAUAAUUCACUACGAACAGCGCCUGAGGACACUGUACUACAAGAAAAAGUUUCAGGAAAGAGUUUCUGACUGCAAACCCAAGAUCGUCGCUGUCCUGGAAGCUUCGAAGGAGGUACAACGGAGCAAACGGCUCAAGAAACUGCUGGAGGUCGUGCUGGCAUUCGGCAACUACAUGAAUCGCGGUCAGAGGGGGAACGCGGUGGGCUUUAAGCUGUCGAGUCUCAACCACCUCGCGGACACCAAGUCCAGCACGAACAGGAACUACACCUUGCUUCACUAUUUGAUUGAGACCCUCGAGAAGAAGUUCAAAGAUACGCUGAAACUGGAGGAAGAUAUUCCGCAUGUCAAGAAAGCGGCGAAAGUGAACCUGGGUGAGCUUGAGCGAGAGAUCAGGGAUCUCAAGACUGGCCUCAACGAGGUUCAGAAGGAGCUCGACUUUCUGCGAGGACAACCGGCCCAACCCGGGGACAAGUUUGUGCUCGUCAUGAAGGAGUUCAUCACCGGCGCCACGUACAAGUUUUCGGAACUGGAGGACAGUUUUCUCGACAUGAAGUCCAGGUACGAAAAGACUGCGCGGAGGUUCGGUGAGGACUCGGUGCAGAUGCCUCCCGACGAGUUCUUCAGCAUCUUCGACUCGUUCCUGGUCUCGUUCAACGAGGCCAAGAACGACAACGAGAACUUCAGGCGGAAGAAGGAGGACGAGGAGCGACGCAGCAGGCAAGAGGCCGAGAAGCGAGAACGCAAGGACGGCACUCUGCGGGGCCUGGCCGCACUCCGAGCCAAUGGUUCGGCGACGCUCAACGGCUCCAUCAACAGCCUCAAGGCCGGCGGACCGGCCGCGCUGAACGGCACAGCGACGGCGGACAAGGGAGAGUUCGACGACCUCAUAUCGGCGCUGCGCACGGGCGACGUGUUCGGCGAUGAGUUCUCCAAGACGCGCCGCAACCGACGCCGAGGCAGCAGCCCAGCGGCCAACAACGCCACCUCGGUAUUGGCCGAGAACGGACACCACGUGAUCGUCAACGGGUCCGCCAUCCACGACGCCUCCCGGGACCGCAUUGUGGCGCGAAAGCUAAAGUCAUGAGGCCUAGUCUAACAGAGCUGUGGGUGGCACUGCUGCUGGCUGUACAUAACUACUGAUUGCAGCGUGCUACUGCGAUACAGCAGACGCAAAGGAGAGACAGCACAUGACGCAGGGCAAGUGCGAAGUUGUAUGGUUAAAAAGACGACGAAGAAGCAUGGCGCGUGUAAAAGCAACAACUCAGGAAAAAAAUCCAUUCGGAAUCUCAAUCCACAUGCUCGGUCUUGUAAAAAGAACUUAUCGAUAUGACCGGUACAUAAUAUAAAGAAAUUUAAAUUAUUUAAAGCUGUUUCCUCGAGCUUCGCUACACCGCUUUCAACGCGAUUCCCACCCGGCAAAGGCUCCCUGAAAGUCAGAUGCAGCGACCUCUAUCAGAGAGUAUGUGACAGUCAGUUGGAUAGCGGGAACACUGUCGAAACGGUAAGUGGGAACAAGAAGUCUUCAGGCCUCACAUCUGGGUUGAUGCAGUCCUGAUACAGCCCUGAUGUGAGUCCCGGAAAAUUUCUUGCUGUUCCUAAAGCUCAAGAGAAGCCUGAAAAGUUGCUGUUUUGACGGUGAUCCUGCCAUCCAACUCAAUGCCACAGACUCUGAUAGAGGUCGCUGCAGCCGACUUCCAGGGAGCCUUUGCAAUAGGAGAGUCGCGUUUGAAGCGAUAUAUCGAUGCCUGAGGAAACUGCAUUGAAUAGUUUUAAUAUGUACAGAUCGGAUCAAUAAUUUGUUGUACCAGACCCAGCCUCACGACUUUACGGACAGACCGUGUACGAUUAUCGAUGUCUCAUAUCGCCUUUCUUCUGAACGAAAACAACUUGAUGACCAGUUAGUGAAACUGAUGUUGCGAUGACAUUAAUGCUGCUACAGGGGCUACAUGGUAUGACUUCAUCCAGAAAUAUGCUGCCAGUUGCACUAGAACACAUGUUGGCAACAAUCUGCUACAUUGAAAAGGCGUGACAUAUUAGCUUUCCCCCUUGUGUCUCUUGAUGGCGAGGCAGUCUUUGUGCCCUCGUACGUGUCUUGUGUCGUGUGCGCCUUUGCGUCUUUUGUAUAACAGUCCCAAUCAGUAGGUAGUCUAGCAGUCUGCUUGUCCUGUCUUAAUUGCGUUUUGUUCACAGAGGAUUCGAAUGGGUUUGUUGAAUCGCAGAAAGGAGUGUGGACAUUGCAGUUUUUGCAGUAAGUACACGAAUGAGUGUCACCUUAACCAGCUGAGAAGUGCUUCGAGUGGCCAUGAGACUUUAUCCAUCAAUUCUCUCCUCGUAUGUUCUUGCAUUUGUUCGUACAGAACAGAUCAUUGUGUCUGCCAUUCCUUUAAAAGGACUGAAGUCAGUGGCUAAAGUUACGGUUUCUGUAAUAAGUACGUGAGUCACUUAACGCCUCGUGGUUAUUGCUUGGGUUGAUCAUUUAGACCUUGUCUAUAAAUCUGGUGCCAAGUGAUUUUUGUUUUGCUCGUACAAGAUGGAAUGUUAAAAAAUUUAGAGGUUGCGGUCAGUGAUGACGUUACAAUCUUUUUCAUAACGUAUGUAAGCUAGCAACUGACUUUUGGCUACUCCACUGUCUUGCUCACGUAUGGUUGUACUGGUCGUGUCCGAAAGUAUGCCCCGACCCAAGCCUAGUACAGCAGUAGGUACUGAUGUGCCUAAGUUUGCCGGCAAAAUAUGCUACAAUUUGAAGUUAUCAUUUUUCACAAUAUGAACUAACUAGCCCAACCGCAUGUUUUGAAAAGCGGAGCUGCUGAAGUUUUCUCCCUUGAUGGCUUUUGUCGGUGCUAACGUUACUGUUGUCCUAUUUAUAUGGGCCACUCAACGCCUUCUGACUAUCGAUGCGAUGCACUGGUAUGGUUGGGCUAGCCACAAUGCCACACAUGAGCGAUGGAUUUCAUCACACAACAAAUACCUUACAGUAUUCGUCAGAAGUACGUGAGCCAGUCUGGACCUCCUGCGAGCUGGAUGACGUAGAGACCAAGGAUUUUCUUCACUUAAAGCUUCCUUGUCGACCUUGACGUGUUAGUCUUACGCAUGGUGUUUACAGCACUCAACUAAUUAGUCGAGGACGACAGGCCGGAUAAAAAUUCUAUCUGUCAAAAUUACAGCCCCGUACUGAUUAGAUCGUUAUCAUUUGGACAAGCUCGUCGAUCCUGGAUUUUUCCGUAGCAGAGCCUUUAGUUACCGGUACAGAGAUAAACCUUCUCGCUUUGUGUAGUCUCUAAGCAACUUGGCAUCUCUGUCUUAGAUAAUAGAUGAUGGAGAUUUUUUGAUUUGAACACAACGGAAGCGUUAGAAGUAAAGAGGGAUUGAAGGUGGCUCGGCAUAUCAAACGACAUCGUACGCGUGAAAGCUGCGUACUGAUACUGGUCUACGAAUUGCAGCAUACGCGAUGGAAAGAGAUAAAACAAGCGACCCAAUCUAUAACGACACCGCGUGCUUGCAUUUGGUAAGCACAGUGGAAUCAGCAGUUCUUCAGUACUUAGCCGAUUUUUCACCCUGUAAUUUUUUGUUUAGUACUUCCGACUCGUUCGCUUCGAGAUUAGAAGGUGUGCCUUAUGCUAUUGUGUCGCCACAAAGAUGAAAUUGUAUGGAGUGACCAACUACCUGCUCACGUUGUCCAAUGUGGCCCAUGUACUUGUGAAGGAAACUAACGUAUCAAAAAAACAUUGGCUUUUCUUUUGCGUGGAUUUCGACAUCCAUAAACAUAUUGACCUCUAAGCUGCAUGAUACAAAACGACAGUUUAUAACAGAGAAACAUAUCUUACAGGAAGAACGUCCGCCUAGAUCUUCUAUAGACGUCGACAGGCCUGCAUAUACUUACGAGUAUGUCCGGUGGACGUUUCCUGCAUUCCCUGUUUUCAAUUCUUGAGUAGCAUUGCUCUGCGAACUUAAGAAAUAUCCUUAGAGUAACUUGCGAAUACCCAUAAUCACUCAAAAGGCGUUUGCUGCCGCAAAGUUAUUAUGAGGUUCUGACCAGAGUUAAGAACUUACCUUGGUCGAUAGCCUCGCGCUUCAAAACAUUCUCUAAAGCCUUCACAUUAAAAACGUGAGAGAUAUUAAAAAAUUCUAAUGCUAACGAGCAUAGGCGUGCGCAGGGUUCCCAAUCAGGGAGGGCGAAGGUUCAUCGCAGCGCCCCCCCCCUCCUACUAAGUCAAUGUAUGGGGCAGAUUUUGCGCCCCCUCCCCCCUCUUAGGUGACUAGAAGGGUCAAUGCACGGGGCAGAUCUUGCGCCCCCCUCUUAGAUGAUUAGGGGGGGCGCCCCCCCCCUCCCCCCCCUGUGCGCACGCCUAUACUAACGAAGAUAUUGUGCUGGCAUGUUCACAAACUCAAUUCUAGGCUUUAAUUAGCAAGUACUUUAAAAUGAUCUUUUUGAAUGUCUAAGAAAUUGUCUCAGAAAUUUGCAGAUAUGUCGAUGUGAUUAAAGUAUCUGUAAAUGAAGGAGUGAUCACGAAGUGUCGCCUUUCUAAUCAUCUAAGCUGUUUCUAAAAUCGUUUCCGGUGUUUUUUGAAUUUUCUACAACCUGGUAUUUUAAAUAUCGUGGGACGUGGUUUGGAAAGUUGUUGUACAAAACAUUACUGACGCCCUGAGAAUUGAGCACACCGAUCACAUAUAUGAUAACCAUACUCGAUUGCAGAUUAUGAAAGAACUCGAAGAUAAAUGCAUUCCAGUGACCAUACUCAACAAAAUGGAAACGUAAUUUGAUAAGACUUACACAUUUACUCGUACCGGGCUGUAUUUGUCGUUGAUAUCGUGCCGCUCUAUUGUUUCUUAUCGAAAGAUAACAUCGCAGUGCAGAAAAAUGUAGCCUAUAUAACUGAUAUUCUUGCAUGACCGCCUUGGGCGAUGUUUUUUUGCUCAUUAGCACCAAUUUUCAUAAUUCCUACAUUUUCAUUUUAACUCAUUUUAUUUGUUAUUGUCUAAUUAUUAACAUUUUAUUUCAUUCUUAGGGUUACGCUGUCUCUUUUAACAACUUAUAACGCGCGUUUAGAAGUUUACUUUGCCAUUAAUUGUUAAUUAUUAGUUCUCAGCGUGACCCACGUUGCCAGAGAACUCAUAAUUGUACUCAAACCAACAUAACAUUAACACAUCGUUAAUUUCAUUGAAUGAAGCAGCCCUCUGCGAUGUUUUGGAGCCAAGUGAUGUAGGCAUUCUCGAACUACUUAUGUCGUGUUUAUGUUCACAUUUGGCCCUACUGCUAUACGUGCGGACUAUGAAUAUUUUUAAGAGGUAUUACUUUGAUUCAGAAAUACGAAAAUUUCACUUCACAUGUUAUUUUUGUGUUUUAUUUACCCAAAAAGCUUCACACUGUUUAAUCAGUCAUCUGUAGGCUACUGCAGUCCCUUGGCAUGCUGUGUGUCUAUAUAAGCUGUUGAAAUCGAUACAGUUUGGUUAACAGCACAACAGAAAACAAAAGCUGUGUAUGCUUCUUAACUGAGCUGCUGAUCGUUUGCCAUUAAUUGCUGUACGUCACACAUACUCGCAAGGUGUGCUUGUGAGUUACCGUUGUGGGCUGUGUAUAAAUAUAUACAUAACAUUUGUACAUAGGACAAAGAAGUCAACUGUAAAUGGGUAUAGUGUGUGUUUUGUUUCUUUUAUAUAGUGUACAUAGCUAUUACGCAUUCUCUCGACUACGUUACAUAAUUCUCUCCAAUAGAAAUGUGCUCUUGUAAUUGUAGUCACCUGUUUCUAAACCAUGUUUGUUUAUUAACCCCCAUUCAUUAGUAACUGUCACUCAUUGUAACAAUAAUGCUCCUCGAUGUAACAUAUUAUACAUGUGCGAAGUUUUGCUAAAUCUUCCGCUCUUUUCAAGGUGUUAUUGAAGAACAUUGCGCAACUUUUUUGUACUUGCUCCUGCGAGCUUUUUGUACUUUUAUAUUCCCUUAACCGUUGUGCUUGAAUAUCUUCUAUAGUUGUGUUUUUCUCUAUUCUUUUCUCCAAUGUACAGAAAAAAAGUUAUUUAGCUCCGAUGUCUAGUCGUCAGUGUGAAAUAUAUGAAUGCAUAUACGAUAUGUUAUUUACACAAACGAAGUUAGAGCUGGUGUUCAGACGCCCUCGCUGUUUUCCUAAGUCAUGGUGGCUCUCUGCCUGCCAUUAACCGAACAAUAUCUCGCCGUGUUUCGCCAACGCCAGGCAACCCUGCAAAGAUGCGGAAGUUGUCGCAACCCGAACAAUUCUGGCCGUGUUCACCAACGCAAGGCACCCCUGGAAUGACACGUGGGUUGCAUAGUGCGCAUGGGCUGCUCGGAACCCACAGUGGGUCGCAAGCAUACCAUCUGUAUUGCCAGGGUUGCCUUGCGUUUGCGAACACGGUGAGGAUUGUUCUGUAAAGGGACCGAACGAUUCUCGCCGUGUUUCGCCAAUGUCAGCAACCCUGGAAGGAGGCGUGGGUUGCUCGUGACCCGCACACUAGGUCGCAAGAUGCAGCUGGGUUGCUCGCGACCCUCACGGUGGGUUGCACGGAUUGUGCAAUGUUGCUCGUUUCAACGUACGCACCUCAAUGAGUUCGCUUUAUUUUUGUUUGUAAUGUGCCGAGGUGUUGAGACCAAUCGCCUGGCUGAGAGAGUCUAGCGGCGCGCAAAAAAUGUUGAAUGUUGUGUGUGAGACCCCCGAGUGUUUGUUUUUUCUUGUUUUUUCCUUACGUGUAAAAUAAAUAUACUGAGAUACCUUAACGAAA